GGCGGACCCCGCCCCUACCCCAGCUCAAAGCGAGCCGGCCGCAGAGGCAGGAAGAACCCCAGUUCCUGGAGUUGAAGGCCAGGACCCGCAGGGUCAGCCUGCAGACCCAGGAGGAGAAGCCAGUGUAGAAGAGGCCUAUUUCGGGGCCAGGGUCUGCUGAGCACCAGGGGCCCAAAGAUAAACCUGGCUGGUGUGGAAGGCAGAGACCCAACCGAGGAAAUCGGUCAGGGCUCUGGGAAGGGAUGACUCCGUAGGUCCUUUCUGUGUAGAAUCCAGGUUUCGAGCCCCAUGGUGGGCCUUGAGGGUCCAGCUGAGAUCUGGCCUCCACUCAGGGAGGCUGGUGGCCUUGAUCCCGCAUAGCUCGCCUUGAAAGCCUAAGCCUCUUGAGCUAAGUGCAUUGACACAGCCUUCGUGUCUGCCCGCCCUGCUGAUCUUUUGGCCAAGGUCAGGAAUGGUGACAUCAGAUACCUCCUCCGGUCGCUGUUCGUCCUGUUCUCUGCAUGCUAGCUGGGCUGUGGAGUCGCACGGGCUCGUCAGACUGUCCGUUGACUGCCAGAGGCAGUGGCAGGCAGGGGCUGAAGCUUUGUGUUCUAGGAGUUUUGGGGUGCCAGUGCUUGUCCUCACCCCAUUCCUGUGGCCUUGGACAGGGAAGCUUGUCACAUAUUCCCCCUUGUGCAGAACAGGUGAUAAUAAAAAUGGUGACUUCAGUGGAAGGCUCCUGAUGCUUUUUUUUUUUUUAAUUUUGUCUUUUUUAUUUUUAUGGGUACCAGGGAUGGAACUCAUGACCGCCUGCUUGCAAGGCAGGUGCUUAUGCCACUGAGCUAAAUCCCCAGCCCCCCUGAUGCUUUUCUUGCAGUGUCAAAAUUACUGGAAAGGCCUUUGGAGCCAGGCGGUGUCUCUUCCAGUUCUGUGACCUUGGAUGUAUCACUUCCCCUUUCCCAGGCUGUUUCCUCUUCAGGCCAGUAAAGUGGAGAGCAAGGUUAAGGUUCUUGGACCAGCCCAGUCCUUGGAGACUGCAGACAGGCCGCUGUGCAAAGGAGUCCCAGAGAGGAGUCUCAGGCUCACCCUGCCCUUUCCCGGAGCCUCUCAGACCUGAGCCUGAGACUAGGCAGAUGGUUGAGAGAUUGGCUGCAGUGGCCUGGGAGCCCCAGGAGUGCCGGUGGAUGUGCAGGGUUACAGAGAGUCAGCCUAGAGGACCCCAUGGCCGGGUGCACAGCCAAGGUCACCAGUAGUUAUUGAUGGACACACACAGAUCUUGGGGUUCUUGUGCUCAGCCUCACAGGCCUUCUUAGAGCCCACUAAUGUCUGGUGCUUCCCAAGACUGGAGGGUCCUGGCCAGCACUUAUGUAUGCUGGUGCUGUGUCUGGUGGUCAGUCCCCUGUGCUCGCAGAGACCAGGGACCAGGAUGGUUGCCCCACAUUAACAAGAUGGGAUGCUUGAUGGGACCCCCACAUGGAGUUGCGGGAAGAGGCCUGGUCUCCGGGGCCGCUGGACUCCGAGGACCAGCAGAUGGCCAGUCAUGAGAACCCAGUGGAUAUCCUCAUCAUGGAUGAUGACGACGUCCCCAGCUGGCCCCCCACCAAGCUGUCUCCACCUCCAACGGCGCCUCCUGCUGGCCCCCCACCCCGGCCUCGGCCACCUGCGCCCUACAUCUGCAACGAGUGUGGGAAGAGCUUCAGCCACUGGUCAAAGCUGACACGCCACCAGCGCACACACACGGGCGAGCGGCCGAACGCGUGCACCGACUGCGGCAAGACCUUCUCGCAGAGCUCGCACCUGGUGCAGCACCGCCGCAUCCACACAGGCGAGAAGCCCUACGCCUGCUCAGAGUGCGGCAAGCGCUUCAGCUGGAGCUCCAACCUCAUGCAGCACCAGCGCAUCCACACGGGCGAGAAGCCCUACGCCUGCCCCGACUGCGGCCGCAGCUUCACGCAGAGCAAGAGCCUGGCCAAACACAGGCGCUCGCACAGUGGCCUGAAGCCCUUUGUGUGCCCGCGCUGCGGCCGAGGCUUCAGCCAGCCCAAGAGCCUGGCGCGCCACCUGCGGCUGCACCCCGAGCUUGCAGGCCCUGGCGUGGCAGCUCGCGUGCUGGCGGCCUCUGUGCGGCGCGCCCAGGCACCCGAGGCCACAGCAGCUGCAGACGGCGAGAUCGCCAUCCCAGUGGGCGACGGCGAGGGCAUCAUUGUGGUGGGUGCCCCGGGAGAGGGUGCAGGUGCUGCGGCUGUAGCUGUGGCUGGUGGAGGUGCGCGGUCGGUGGGGGCCCCGCGGUCACGCCGUGCACCAGCGCCUAAGCCCUACUUGUGUGCAGAGUGCGGGAAGGGCUUCGGCCACGCAGCAGGGCUGCUGGCGCACCAGCGCAUGCAGCACGGCGAUGGCCCGGGUGCUGCGGGCGGCGAGGAGCCUGCACACAUCUGUGUGGAAUGCGGCGAGGGCUUCGUGCAGGGUGCAGCGCUGCGCAGGCACAAGCGCGUGCAUGCCGUGGGUGCCCCCGCGGUCUGUGGUGGCUGCGGACAGAGCUUCUAUGGCACAGGCAGCGAGGAUGCAGAUGCGGACGCCGAGAACGGCACGCCCCGCUGUCCCGAGUGCCGUGCCAGGGACGCCCGGUAGGGCCGGGGGCGCCCGGGGGCGGAGGGGACCCUCGGGCUGGCAGAGCAGUUGAGGCCGGAGACCCGAGAAACGGACCCAGGUCUUCGGUGGUGGGGGCGAGGAUGCCUGCAGCUUCCAGCCACACUGCUUUCGGGAACGCGCGCCUGCCCCGCCGCAGCAGCAGGUGACCUGGGUAGACGGGCGAGCAGAAGGAAGCAGGAAGAGGAAGGGGCCCUCCCAUCAAGUUUUCUUUUAAUCACACCCACCUUUUUGACCCUGCCCUCAAUUCUUUCUCCCUCCCUGAGCGUCCUAUCGAUUUUCUGGCCCAAGUCCUCUACUCCUGGACUCGGGGUGCCCGGGGAGGAACAUGGAACCAUACCUUCUCCCAGCGUGGUCUCUAUGGCAGGCUGGGCAGGGCUGUUCCCCGACUGAGCGAGGUGGGAGAGGGUGCGUGACAAUAAAUGGCACUAUUCGGUUGUC